AUGACUGAGACUAUAAAGCCCAAUGGGCCAAGUUCCAUGGAUAUGCAGUAUUACUACCAGUAUCUCUAUCCAUUUAAGCAAAUAUUUCAAUGGGUGAAUCACUCGCAGAAACCCAGCCGCGACAUUAUAAAUCGGGAGUUUGCGAUGGCUUUUAGGUCCGGUGCUUACAAAAGAUAUAAUUCCUAUGGUGACGUGCAGGAGUUCAAGGAGGCAAUUGAAAAGUCUAAUCCCGACAGAUUUGAAAUUGGUGCUAUCUAUAAUAAACCACCAAAGGAGCGUGAUUCGCUGCUGAAAAGUGAGAUGGUGCCAUUAGAGAAGGAACUUGUAUUUGAUAUCGAUAUGGAUGACUACGAUACUUUCAGAACAUGUUGUUCAGGAGCUCAAGUGUGCUACAAGUGUUGGAGAUUUAUAUCACUUGCAAUGGAGAUUAUUAAUGUUGCAUUAAAGGAAGAUUUUGGAUAUAAUGACUUUGUGUGGGUGUUUUCCGGUAGACGUGGUGCGCAUUGUUGGGUCAGUGAUAAGCGUGCAAGAGCAUUGAAUGACAUACAAAGACGUAAUGUUUUAGACUACUUGAACGUUGUAAGAGAUAGGAAUUAUGACAAACCCCUGUCUUUGAAGAGGCCAUACCACCCACAUCUAAGUAGGUCCUUGCAGAUUUUAAAAGGGCACUUCGUCGAUAUUAUUUUAGAGGAACAAGAUCCAUGGAGAGAUGAUCAGCACGCUAUCAAAACAUUGCUUCCAGCAUUUACAGAAAAACCGGUUAUUGAAGCACUUCGAAAAUACUGGACAGAGAAUCCAAAUAGAUCAAGUAAAGCUAAAUGGGGUGAUAUAGAUACAAUAGCUUCAAACCUCAAUAUAACGAAUAAAAGACAAAAAGAAAUAAUGAAUAAUAGGCUGAGGGAGGCUAAAGAGGACCUUGUUCUAACCACAUUGUAUCCAAAGCUAGAUGUGGAAGUUACAAAACAAACUAUCCAUUUACUAAAGGCGCCUUUUUGUAUUCAUCCGGCCACUGGUAAUGUAUGUGUUCCAAUCGUAGAUAAUUUCACCCCAGAAAAAGCUCCAAAGCUAAUCGUUUUACAAAAUGAAAUGGAAAAAAGCAAUAACAAUGUCUCUGAGACUUCUUUACAACCGUUUUUGGAUUAUUUCCAAAGCUAUGUGUCACAAUUGCUCAAGCAUGAAUUAGGUUCAGUAAAAAGAGAAAGAGAAGAGGAUGUUAAAUCACUUGACUUUUGA